CGAAGCAAGCGGAGAGAUGACGGUUUCCGGCCACCGGUGGCGUCUCUGCCUGUUCCUCCACUUUCUUCUUCUCCUCCCUCUGUUCUCCUCUGGCGAAUGCGACUACGGCGAAGAAGAGGGGGCCCUUGACAAGAAGGCGGCCCUUCCGCUCAAGAUCGCCGCUGCUUUCUCCAUCCUUGUCUGCAGCGCGGCAGGCGUACUCAUUCCCUCGCUCGGCAAGUGGAUCCCGGCUAUCCGCCCCGAGAACAGCCCGUUCUUCGUCGUCAAGUCCUUCGCCGCCGGCGUCAUCCUCGCCACCGCCUUCAUCCACAUCCUCCCCGAUGCCUUCGAGGGCCUCUCGUCGCCCUGCCUCGAUCCGAUCCCCUGGCAGAGCUUUCCCUUCGCCGGGUUCGCCGCGAUGAUGGCUGCCAUCGGGACGCUGAUGAUUGAUACGAUCGCCACCGGGUACUUCACCCGAGUGCACACCCAGGGGCGAGCAGCGGCGGUGGCGGAAUCGAUCGCCGCGGGCGAGGCGGAGAAAGGGGCCACCGAUAUCGAUGUGGUGGAUGUGGAAGGGAUGAUGUAUCAUAUGACGCAUGGGCAUUCGCAUGCCGUGGGUACGGCGGAUGAUUCAUCAUCGAACACUCAACUAAUUCGCCAUCGAAUUAUCGCUCAGGUUCUGGAGUUGGGAAUUCUAGUACAUUCCGUGAUCAUAGGAAUUUCAUUGGGUGUAUCUAACUCUCCGUCAACCCUAAAACCUCUCUUGGUUGCCCUAAUUUUUCACCAGUUCCUUGAGGGCAUGGGACUCGGAGGAUGCAUUGCUCAGGCAAGGUUCAAGGUGAGAUCAAUGCUAACAAUGGGACUCUUCUUUUCUCUCACAACGCCGGCCGGGGUCGUGAUAGGCAUUGGAAUAUCGUCCGUUUACAAUGAGAAUAGUCCCUCGUCCCUGAUCACUCAAGGAAUACUAGAUUCUGUAGCUGCUGGAAUUUUGAUCUACAUGGCGCUUGUCGAUCUCCUUGCUGCUGAUUUUAUGAACCCUAAAGUGCAGAGUAACGUAAAACUUCAGGUCAUGAUCAAUUUUGCCUUGCUACUGGGAGCAGGAUUGAUGUCACUUCUUGCCAAGUGGGCUUAGAGACUCUUCCUAAUUUUAGCAGUUUGGUUAGUGGAGAUGUUGUGACGUGAAUUAUGUAUGGCGUUGCAUACU